GGUAAAUCGACCCUUAUGGACUCACUUUUCAAUACCAACUUUGAGUCUACGCCGAGCCCACACAACUUACCUACUGUGAAAUUGAAGGCACACACUUAUGAGUUACAGGAAAGCAAUGUUAGGCUAAAGCUGACCAUCUGCGAUACAGUGGGCUAUGGCGACCAGGUGAACAAAGAGGAUAGUUUCAAGGCAGUCGUUGACUACAUUGAUGCCCAGUUUGAGGCUUACCUCCAGGAGGAGCUCAAGAUCAAGCGGUCACUUCCCACUUAUCACGACAGUCGUCUGCAUGUGUGUCUAUACUUCAUUUGUCCUACUGGCCAUGGUCUAAAAUCCAUCGACUUGGUGUGUAUGAAGAAAUUGGACACUAAAGUGAACAUUAUUCCAAUCAUCGCCAAGGCUGACACUAUUUCCAAGACGGAGCUGCAAAAGUUCAAGUCGAAGAUCAUACAAGAGCUACAAGCUAACGGCGUGGAGAUCUACCAGUUCCCGGUGGACGACGAGUCCGUGUCGGAGGUCAAUGGCAGCAUGAACGCGCACAUCCCCUUCGCGGUCGUCGGCAGCACGGACUUCGUGAAGAUCGGCAACAAGACCGUGCGCGCGCGCCAGUACCCCUGGGGCACCGUGCAGGUGGAGAACGAGUCGCACUGCGACUUCGUGAAGCUGCGCGAGAUGCUGAUCCGCACCAACAUGGAGGACAUGCGCGACAAGACGCACGCGCGCCACUACGAGCUGUACCGGCGCCGCCGCCUGGCGCAGAUGGGCUUCGAGGACGUGGACGCCGACAACAAGCCCCUGUCGUUCCAGCAGACGUUCGAGCAGAAGCGCAGCGCGCACCUGCAGGAGCUGCAGCAGAAGGAGGACGAGAUGCGGCAGAUGUUCGUGCAGCGCGUCAAGGAGAAGGAGGCCGAGCUCAAGGAGGCUGAGAAGGAGCUCCACGCAAAGUUCGAUAAACUAAGGAAGGAUCACACAGAAGAGAAGAAACGCUUAGAAGAACUUCGCAAGAAGAUUGAAGACGACACGAUCGAAUUCAACCGUCGCAAGCAGCAAACCGCGCAGUCGCAUCACACGCUCACUCUCGGCAAGAGCAAGAAGAAGUAGAGACGAGCAGAGAGGGAGAGGAAAGAGAAGAGGUUUGAAGCUAUGUACGGAUUACGCGUUCCAAUCGACGUAGUGAUGUAUGUACCAAAAAAAAAAUUUACAUUUCAUUAAUUUUUUAUUGUAAUGAGAGUUUCAAUUGCCACUCUUUCUUCAGUACUUCUUUCUUGUGACAGACUAUGUUUGUAUGCUAAAUCUAUCCAUUAUAUUGUAUUCUUACAUGGACUCAUUGACUAUAAUCAAGUAAUUUGUAAUGAUCGUUGUCAACAUGCAAACGAUUUCUCUAUAAGUUCUGACUUACUACUUGGAAAUAUCAUUUUGACUUUAAAAGUUAGCACCAAAAAGAAGUAGUACUUAGAGGUACACAUAUUCUUCGGUUGUUGUCCUAAAGAAGUAGUGUCCAAGAGCAAUUUGACAUAAAUUAUCGCAAAAUUAUAGCUAUCUCACAACUGUUGUUAGAAAUACGCACUAACUCGGCUGAAACGCAUAGUCCAUACAUAAUUUUAAAAGCACGCCUUGAGGGCGCAAUUUGUUUUUGUUUUUUAAAUAGUUGCGAUCAAAAGUGUCAUCAUUUUAACAGAACAAAGAUUUAUUUUAUAAUAUGAUUUGUAUGUGCCAAAUUAAUGAAAAUAAAAUGCUUCUAAUCUAAGUGGCAUGCUUCUAAAGCAAAAGCAAAACGCGCCCUCAACUCGCCGAACAAGAAUUAAUAAUGUAUGCCAUGAAAUUCAUUUUAAGUCUGAAGUUUUUGUUCGGAAAUAUGUAUUAUCAAAUUGGAAAUGUUAACGCCUAAGACGAACUGAUUUGCUUCAAUAGGGGACAUUUGUAACUUAGUGCUUAACGUUGAUAUUAAGAAACACCUAUAUUAGCAUUAUAUAGACAUAUUCAAGUAUGUACUUUACAUAAAGUUUUAUGAAAUUAAGCCACCGGCACUAUGAAGUGAUUCUUGAGUCUGAUACGACUUUUAAUUUUGCACUUAGCCAUACGAAGUUAUGAAAAUUUUAUACCAAAAUUUAUUUAUACUUUACCCCUAGAUUAGGUUAUUAACAUUUAUUAUUUAUAAAUAAUGUAGUGAUAUUUAAACAGUAAUUGAGAUAAUUUUAAAAUUAUAUGUACUUGUAUCUCAAUAUUACCAACUAUAACAUUGUAUCGUCUGAUAUCUAAUGCAAUUAAAUACAAGUGUUUGGUUAUCAGAUGUCUCCAAACAAUAUGAGACAGUUAUGUAUGAAUAGUUUAUUGAGCAAGCGCUUCACCUCAUCGUAGUUAUAUAAAAGAUAUUUCUUUGAUUGGAUUGAGGUGCACGUGAAGAGCUUGUACUCGUAUACCUCAGGUACACAUGUCUUUUAAAUAAUAAAUAGAACCAUUUAUAAUCAACAACACAAAUGUAACGAUUAAUUUCUUGUUUACAUAUCGAAUAUAAUGUAAAAUACAUUAUAUCAUUAAAAUAAAAUGACGUCUAUUUGCUUUUAUUUUAUGGGCUUGAAAAUUUGAUGAAAUCGCAUGUAUCAUUCCAUGAUUAUUAAAUAGUUCGAGUUAAAUA